GCAACAGGCUGGGGUUUCAGAAAGUCAACUACGUAAUCCUCAGACUCGAGAUUUUAUUUAUGAUUUUAUUGAUAAACAUGGUGGUAUGGAUGCUAUUAAAGAAGAUGUUCAAGAUUCGCUUAUUCCGCCUCCUUUGCCAACAAGAUUUCGUCAAGCUCCACCUCCACCUCCACCUGUUUCCAAUAAUACAGCAAAUACCAGAAGCCCAGCACCACCACCCCCUCGGCCAAACAAUGUGACUAUUCCAGUUAAAAAACAAGAAGAAUGUUUUAUUCCUCCACCUCCGCCAUUAAUGAAUGCAGCUCCACCACCACCACCCCCUCCACAAAUGGAAUUAGCCAAGAGUAAGCCUGCCGAAGCUGUACCAGACACUAGAUCUGCACUUUUAGAAGCCAUCAGAUCUGGUAAAACACUCAAGCAUGUUGAUACAUCAAAUUCUAUAAAAGUGCCUAACACCGCAGAACCCAAUUCAAGAAAUAAUUUACUUGAUCAAAUAAGACAAGGCGUGGAAUUAAAAUCGGUACAACCAAUUGAAAAGAAAAGUAAUAACAAUUUAGAAAGUGAUGGUUUAGCUGGGGCAUUAGCUAGAGCUUUAGCUGAACGAGCUAGAGUUAUUCACAGUGACAGUAGUACCAGUGACUCCAGUGAAGGUGAUGACGAUUGGGAUGAUUGAGUUAUCAUUAUUAUAAUAUAAUAACUUUUUUUUUAAUUUAUAUACUUUAAUAUACUUAUAUUUACUGU